CCCAUGGGGCUGGGGAUUAGAAAUGUCCCUUGCGAGAAAGACAGGUUUAGGUUUACAGAUUUAGGGUAGUGGAAAAGUUGUCAUAUGCUGAGGCAGUAAAGAAAGUAGAGGAAGAUGGGUCAAGGGGGACAGAUCCUGAGAGGAGUGAUGUGAGUAGUAGAUCUGUACCAGUACAGAUGGAUAGGCCAACAGGUGAUAUAUUUUUCAGUAAGAUUAGAUUUUUUUUGCAUAUAUAGCAAUGGUUAUCAACUGUACUGCAGGGAAGGAAUGUAAAUUGCAGAAAAUGGAGGUUGUGGUGGCAGCUGCAGAGAGGUAUUUGGGUGUGCGAGACAUCAGAAGAGUUACAGGGUGUGUUAAGUGGUGGUGUCCAAUCCUUUCAGGUUUUUGGCCUGAGGAAGGACUAAAUAUGUGUAAAUAGUGGAGUAGUGUGGUUUUAUAUUUUGUGAGUGUAGUGUUUUUGUUUAGAUUUUUUUUUAAGCACGGUAUGAGUACUCCAGUCUAGUAGGUGGCAGUAAUGUAACAUUUAUUGGAUGCCAACCGCCGUUAAACCUCAUCGACGAAGAAGUAGAAGACACGCUGUCAUGGCGCCGAACACAAACAGAAAACGACAGUAUGGUGAUAGUUUGUAGCUAAUAUUAAACGCUAGUAAGCCUCGUUUAGAAUUCAACGGAUAAAUUACAAUCAACUUGGGACGCAAGGGACAGGUAGGCAUGUCUGAAAACAAAGCCAUUGAACUCCAACUGCAAAUGCGACAAAAUGCAGAGGACCUGCAUAACUUCAUGAAAGAUCUUGACAGCUGGGAAACUGACAUAAAGAAGAAGGAUGAACAACUAAGAAGUGGGAGUGUUGGCGAGUCUCAAAAAAGCCUCCCACCAGUGCGAAACAAGGACUACAAAAAGAAGAGGGAGAAAAAGAAGGCACCAGACAACAAUGCAAAGACUGAAACAAAACAAGCACCCAGGAUAAAGUCUUAUGACUAUCAGUCAUGGGACAAAUUUGAUGUGGUAAUGGAUUAGGUGGAUCUUGCCUGUUUCUCCUUUGAUUUCAAUAGACAAGGUUUUGGAGUCCAUGGAUAAAGAGGACAGCGCUGCUGAGUCCAAUGACUCUGAAUCUGAGGAUUCUGGGGUUCCUGCUACUGACCAAGACACAGCUCUUGCUGAGAAGGAGAAAGGUAAUCAGCUGUUUAAAGAAGGGAAGUAUGAUGAUGCCAUUGAGUGUUACACCAGAGGCAUGGGCGCAGACCCUUAUAACCCCGUUCUGCCUACAAACCGAGCUGCCUGCUUCUUCAGACUCAAAAAGUUUGCUGUUGCAGAGUCUGACUGCAACUUGUCCAUCGCUCUGGACAGUAACUACUUCAAAGCAUUUGCACGAAGAGGAGCGGCUCGAUUCGCCCUGCAACAUUAUGAAUCUGCCCUAGAAGAUUAUGUAAUGGUGCUCAAGCUGGAUCCUGGGAACCUGGAGGCACAGAAUGAAGUGAUGAAAUGUAAAGAGGUCAUUGCUAAACUGGGUGGAAAGGCAGAAAGCCCAGAGGCUGCAGUGGUGACGCCACCUGUGGUGGACGUCAAGCAACAGCAGCUCAUGGAGGAACAGCAGAGGAGACAGGAGGCGGUGGUGCAGAAAGACAGGGGGAACGCAUACUUCAAAGAAGGGAAGUAUGAGGCUGCAGUAGAGUACUACACCAAGGGCAUGGAAGCAGACAGCACCAAUGUCCUCCUGCCUGCCAACCGGGCCAUGGCUUACUUAAAGCUGCAGAGAUAUAAAGAGGCUGAGGAGGACUGCAGUAAAGCUAUAGCCCUGGAUGGCACCUACUCAAAGGCCUUUGCCCGCAGAGGGACAGCUAGGGCUGCUCUGGGACUGCUAAAACAAGCUAUAGAAGAUUUUGAGGAGGUCCUGAAGCUAGAACCAGGAAACAAGCAGGCAUUUCAUGAGAUGAAGAAGAUUGCAAUUGACAUGGGCACCAGUGGUCUGCUGACAACAGAGGAGCAUGCACAGCGGAGAACAGUACUGCCAGUUAACAAACCACCUCACCUGCAGUCAACCAAACCAUUGAGGAGAGUGGACAUUGAGGAAGUUGGUGGAAAGAUCCUUGUCCAGAAGGAGCCCUCUGCUGUGUUCACUUCAACCACAGCCCCCUGUUUUAGGCCCCAGAAGACCACCUCCAUCGCAGACACUGUGAGAGAGGGUCAGGGUGAGGCCUCACCUCCCUCUACCUCCCCCAGUGCUAAGAUCCUGAAGAUUGAAGAAAUAUCAAACAUCCCCUCACAUUCCCCUGUCAAAGGGCCUGGGGGGGGUGCUGUGAGAGCACAGACACAGAAGCACAGGGAGGCAACUGUCAGUGAACCAACAGAACCGCCUGCUACACCCUCAACUGAGGUCGUACCUCCUGCCCCCACCAACAGCUUCCAGCUAGAGGCAGACCUAAGGAAGAUUGGAAAUGGCCCUGAAGUUAUUUACAAGUAUUUGAAGCAAAUCCAGCCUCAGGCGUACGCAAAGAUCUUCCAGAGCUCUCUUGAGCCAGACAUACUCAAUCAGAUUUUGAGGACGUUACAAAGCUUCUACAUCAAGCAGGAAGAGCCACCUGUCAUACUGGAGAUCCUCAGGAAUCUGGCCGGUGUGAGGCGGUUCGACAUGGCUGUCAUGUUCAUGUCCAUCCCCGAGAAGAAAGUUCUACAAGAAUUGUUUGACUUUCUUCGUCAAGCUGGACUUGAGGACGUUUCAGUAGGAGCCCUGCAAAAGAAGUAUGGAGUGUGACGUGAGUGCAGAUCCCUAAAAAAUGGACAUCGCCACGGAGAGCAAAAUUGCUUUUUACUUCAGCAAGCAGUCGAUUGAAGGAGUUUUUCAAUGCUCUAGUACAUGUUGCUAAUCCAAACAUUGCUAUAUUCACGCAACAAGGAUUCACUUAACUUUGGCUGCCAUAUUGGAAGGUCUGUAACAUUUGAUGUAAUGCUAUACUGUUUUUUUUUCUAUAGCUCAAAACAUGUAUAAGUUUCAUCCUCGUAUGAGAACAGUAGUUACUAUGCAUGGCCAAAACAAGAAUGUUCUAUCUGACUGCGGCCCACAGAACCAUAGGGUUAAUAGUUCAAAUAUGCAUCUGGCGCUCUCAGAAAGCCAAUACAUUUGUUAUUUUCAAUUAUUCUGUCCAGGACUGUACAUCUCAUGUUCAAGAUGUUAAUUGCAGUGAAUGAGUGUGAAUACCUAAUAAAUUGACAAUCUUUAUUGGUGAUCA